AUAAAGAUACAUUAUUUGUUGUAUACAUAUUUGUGAAAUAUAUUAUGAACAUACAAUGAAAAUCCUCAUCAUCCUCAUCAAACAACAGUUGUAGAGAGAGUUGAGGGUCAUAUUCUUAUCACAUAUAAAUCCAAGCCUCUUUUUCCUAGGUUUUGUUUUCAUGGCACCUCCUUCUUUUGACAGUUCCUGUUUCAUUUUCUCCACCUUCAACCACCUCUAAUUUAGUUAUAGCUUUCUCUCUCUACAACUUCUUUUUUUCCCCCCCACUUUUUCUAUGGAUUAAAGGUGACACUUUUAAUUUGCUUUUUGUUAAGUUCUUGUUGAAUUCCCACAUGCACAUCAUCAUAAAGAUGAGUUAAUUAACUCAAGAUCUUGAUGAUGAGUUAUUAUGUGACUACAAAAGGAAGCUAGAACUUCAUAAAGAUAUCUCAUAACAAGAUUGUCUUUUUUCUUUUACACCUUUUCAUUAUAACAAUAUCAAUCAUCAUCAUAUAUGAAUUGAAAUGGAUGAUCAAGAAGAGAAGAUGAUGAGAGGAAAUAGUAAUACUACUAUGGUGGAUAGCCCUACAGGUAAUUAUAACUGUUACUCUGAUGAUGAUCAUCAUAUUAAUCACAAUCAUCAUGUGAAUUCUUCAAGUAUGCCUAAUAAUAAUAAUAAUAAUAAUAAUGCUACAACUAGCUUUGAAACAAGCCCUUCAGAGAUUUUCAACUUUGAGUCACUCAACCUAGUGACUCAAAACUCAUCUCUCUUAUGGAAAGCCCCUUCUACUUCUUCUUCUUCUAAACCCAUCUCUAGUUCUGAUUUCUAUAACUUUGACGACUCGUCUCUUCAAAGAUGUGUGUUUCCUUCUGAACCAAAUAACGAAAGGCCGAGCCAAGGGCUUUCUCUGUCUCUCUCUUCGGCUAACAAUCCUUCUUCAAUAGGAUUACAGUCAUUUGAGCUAGUAGUAAGACCACAAGAACACCACUAUCAACAUCACAACCACCAAGGGUAUUUUGGGAAAUCAAUGAGUAUGGAUCAUGAUCAACAACAACAUCAUCAUGAUAUGAUGACUCAAGAUGGAUUUUUUGGGAAACAAGGAAAUAUCAUCAAUAGUAGUAGUGGUGGUGAUCAUGGGGGUGGCUAUAACCACUAUCAAAGUGCACCAUAUAGCUUAAGAAGCUCAAGGUACUUGGUUCCAGCCCAAGAACUCCUUAAUGAGUUCUGUAAUCUUGGAUCAAAGCAAAGUGACAAUUCACCAAAAGCAAAGGCAGUAGCUACAAGUUCAAAUCAGUGGCAAGAUCACGAUAACGCGAAUAAUGCUAGUUCUUCAAAAGCCAAAAAUUUAUCUUCUCUUGAAUUUAUGGAAGUGCAAAAAAGAAAAACCAAGCUUCUCCAAAUGCUAGAAGAGGUUGACAGAAGAUACAAACAUUAUUGUGAUCAAAUGAAGGCAGUUGUAUCAUCAUUUGAAGAAGUGGCUGGUAAUGGUGCUGCAAAAGUUUACUCUUCCUUGGCUUCAAAGGCAAUGUCAAGGCAUUUUAGGUGUUUGAGAGAUGCGAUUGUGAGUCAGAUCAAGACAACAAAGGUCGCGAUGGGGGAAAAAGACGUUUCUGCCCCUGGUUCGAGCCGAGGAGAGACUCCGAGACUUAGGGUACUUGAUCAAACCUUAAGGCAGCAAAGGGCUUUUCAACAAAUGACCAUGAUGGAUAGCCAUCCUUGGAGGCCUCAACGUGGGUUACCUGAGCGUUCUGUUUCUGUUCUUCGUGCUUGGCUAUUCGAACACUUUCUCCAUCCGUACCCUAAUGACGUCGAUAAGCACAUUCUUGCACGGCAAACCGGUCUCUCUAGAAGCCAAGUGUCAAAUUGGUUUAUAAAUGCAAGGGUAAGAUUAUGGAAGCCAAUGGUGGAGGAGAUGUAUAUGGAAGAAACAAAAACAAAUCAAGAAGCUGCUAUGGAAGCAGGGACCUCUAACGCUUUGAAUCCAAACCCGCAACAAAUGGACCUAAAGCCGACUGCUGAUGAGCUAGUUCGAAUAGAUUCCGAGUGCCUGUCUUCCAUCAUCAACCAACCCGAAAAAAUGGAUCGCCACGCAAAAACACAAGACCAUCAUAAUGACUUUCACCAUAUUGGUAAUUUUCCUAGGGCGGUUACAAACUCAUCAUUUGGGGCGGUGGAGCUAGACUUUUCGGCUUACAACAAUCAUCACAACUUUGGUGGUGGCGGUGACGGUGGUACCGGGGUUUCUUUGACCUUAGGGCUACAACAACACGGCAGUGGAGAUGGCACUGGCGGAGGUGGUGCCGAUGGGGUGGUGAGUUUAGCAUUUUCACCUACUUCUCAAAGUUCUUUAUUUUAUAAUGCUCGUGAUCAUAUGGAAGAGUGUCAAACAGCCGGACAAUAUUCUUCUCUUUUGGAAGCUGCAGCUGGUGAUCAAGGACAAAAUCUGCCUUAUAGAAACUUGAUGGGUGCACAACUCCUUCAUGAUUUGGCUGGUUAAUUAAUUAAGAUCAACAAAUUAUAUAUUUAAUUAGCUCUAGAAGUCAUUAUAUGACUAUAUGAAGUUAAAUUAUGGAAAAAAAAAAAAGGAAAUUUCAAGGAAUUAAGUUAAUUAUAUAAUUUUGUACUUCUAGCUAGGCUUCUUCGAUUCUAGCUUAAGGGUAUACUAGCUUCAUUGGCUUUAGAUGUACAAUUAAAUUUAGAACUUCAAUAGCUUAAGGGUAUUUCUUGCUUCAA